GUGGAGAAGGCCAAUGAAGCUUUGGCAAUCAAAACUCUUCUUGUCACAAAUGAACUUUUCAGGUCAGAAAUGAAAAAUAACGAUAUUCUUGUACAGUUCGAAAAAUGUAAUAUCUCAAUUCAGCUUAUUUUCAUCUUGAAAGAACAUGUUUUUCCGUUCUGCUUUGUAGUUGAAAAUCGACCGCGUAUCCAAAUGAGAACUCUAGAAUUGAUUCACAUUUUAACUAGCCCCUCAAAGUAAAAAUAAUGUAUUAGCUUAAAAAGUGGUUAGUAUUAGAAAAUUGCAAAAGGAAUUUCCCAGAGUGUGGUGAUUCUUUCAAUAUGUUGCUAGGAAAAGAGGCAGUUUAGGCGCAUCAGUUCUUUUAACCUGCGAUUUACACUCCGUACGAAGUAUUAACUUUCUGGCCUUUUGUCUUGUGAAUCUUAAAGUGCACAGACAUACCAAAUCAAUAAACGUCAGUGUGUAGAUUUUGGGGAGAGUUUGGUGGGUUUUUUUUUUUUUUUAAUUUUUGCAAUGGCGAUUCACUGCUCAAAUCAUAAAAGGUUUGGUAAAAACCUCAAGACAACAAUGUUUAUGGUGAAAUAUUACAACUGUACUAUUUCUCUCUCUUUUUUUUCCUCGAAUGUCUUUUUAGGUCGACAGAUUUGCCAACUCGUAAAAGAUAUGUCAAGCUUGUUGAGAGUGUUAAAGAAAAUGGCGGCGAAGUUAGGUUUGUUACGAGCUUCUAGUUACUAACGCGGUGGUUUCAAAGUUUAGCAGUAAGACCUGAAAGGGUUUCAAUUUGCUUUUAUUCAAUGCAGGGUUUUUUCAAGUCUACAUGUUUCUGGAGAACGUACGUAUGCACUUUUUUUGUACGUUGUCGUAAUUAACUAAUAAUAUCUUUCAAUAUUCGACACAACUUAAGCCUGCCAAUCCCUCUCUCCCCCUCACCUGCCCCCUUUUAUAAUAAAAUAUCAGUUGAGUUGUAAAGUGCGAUCCUGUCGCUGUAAGAAUGUCGGUGUCAGACAAGUAACAAGACAACCCCAACGGCUUUGAAUGCGGGGGGGGUAGGGGGUUCAAGACCUCACACUCUCCAUCCAGUUCCGCCACUGUUAUUACCUGAGGUCCGAUACCUCAUGGGGAACAUAGGUUUUUCCCUUUGCCUCACGCUUGUGACAAUACGAAUAACGCCUUUCUUUAAAUAUAACCUUCUUGCAAUUUCUAAACAUGAUGUAAAAUUUCGUACAAUUUUAUAUUUGGGUCAUGCAGAGCUCGGCCAGUUGUCCGGUUUUGCGGCAAUCUUGCGCUUCCCUAUGCCGGACAUAGCUGAUGGUGAAGGCUCCGCUGAUUCUAAAGAGGGAUUAGUGAAUUAA